AGAUGUUUCCCGCUGGGCUCUGGCUCUAGGAUGUUGGAGAACCGAGAGGAAGAGCUGACCACGGUGCGUGUCCAGGACCCCCGGGUGCAGAACGAAGGCUCCUGGAAUUCCUAUGUGGAUUAUAAAAUCUUCCUCCACACCAACAGCAAAGCCUUUACUGCCAAGACCUCAUGCGUGCGGCGCCGGUACCGUGAAUUCGUGUGGCUGAGGCGGCAGCUCCAGAAGAAUGCUGGCUUGGUGCCUGUCCCAGAGCUGCCUGGGAAAUCCACCUUCUUCGUGGGCAGCACGGAUGAGUUCAUCGAGAAGCGGAGACAGGGGCUGCAGCAGUUCCUGGAGAAGGUUGUGCAGAACGUGGUCCUCCUCUCCGACAGCCGGCUGCACCUUUUCCUGCAGAGCCAGCUCUCGGUACCGGAGAUAGAGGCGUGCGUGCAAGGCCAGGGUACCCAGACGGUGACAGAAGCCAUCCUGCACUACGCCAUGUCCAACUGCGGCUGGGUGCAGGAGGAAGAGAGCCGCCCCGCGCCGCUGCCACCGGGAGGAGACCUGCGUGGCAGCUGUGCCGGCCUGGGAAGCCCGCAGGGUCCGAGCUGCCUGGAGACCUUCCCGUACUGGAGCGACUUCGGCAUGGACGACACCCACUCAGAUAGUCCGGAUGAGCCAACCGAGCCCUUGGGCGGACGGCGUGAGAUGCAGUGACCGGCGCUGGCGACCUCGCCUGCCUUCCCUGGCACCUGCAGCCCUUGCUGGGAGAGG